CGCACCGUUAUCUUUUACAGCACUAUACAGUAACAUCCGCAUACGUCAGCUAGCAAACAGCUACGCUAACUCUGCUCAGAGAGCUCACCUUUGCGCAGCUGCAGGUUGCGGAAUAUAUUUGAGCUUUUACUGUUAAAAGAAAACACGGACCGUAACGUUUAAUGAGGAGACGACGGAGCUUUAUAUGAAUAACGCUGUCGGAGAACUGAAGUCCUUGGAACUGGAUUUUGAGGGUUCAGCGAUGGAUUUUCACCAAUAACUUUUCCCUUAAUUCACAGUGAUCAUAUAUAUUUGAUUCACUGUUUACUUCGGCAUCAUGUUUGAUCGCCAUGGGAUGACCGGUUAGUGAACCUGUGGCUGUCGGUAUUGUUGCCUAAAUGUCCUGCACAGAGGAAAUAUCCUAAACUAGAACCACCAGCAUCUACAGUUUGCCACCUUUACUGUUCCACAUCAGUGCAGUCACACAGCUAUGGGCUUCUAUUCGCCUGUGUGCAAGACUUUGCGGAGGGGGAAAUACUUUCUCCUGCUCUUCGUCUCGCUGUCGGUGCUGGCAUGGAUCGCAACCUUUUCAGGCGAAACGGUGAAAUCCGGUCAGGUCUUCUCAGCCUCACCACAACCUCUCGUCAAAGCCGACAUGAUUGAGAAACCCAACACUUGGACGGCGGCACCCAAUCGAUUGAAAACUCCACCGACAAAAAUCGAAUGCCCUCAGGAGUCACCAUUGCUACAGGGAGCUGUGAAGCUGUCCUUUGAAUCCUCUCUGACGCUGACGGACGUAGAGAGUAAAAGCAAAGGAGUGACUGAAGGCGAGUACGAGCCCUCAGACUGCACGGCGAGGCAGAGCGUGGCGGUGCUCAUCCCUCAUCGCAGCAGAGAGAGACACCUCCUCUACCUCUUGAACCACCUGCACCCCUUUCUGCAGAGGCAGCAGCUACACUACGCCAUAUAUGUCAUCCAGCAGGCUGGUGAUGCAACUUUUAACCGUGCCAAGUUACUCAAUGUCGGGUAUUUGGAAGCACUGAAGGACUACAGUUGGGAUUGCUUUAUCUUCCAUGAUGUGGACCUGGUUCCUGAAAAUGAUCACAAUUUAUACGUCUGUGACAAGCAGCCCAAACACCUGGUGGUCGGCAGGAAUGCCACGGGAUACAAGCUGCGUUACAAAGGCUACUUUGGAGGAGUCACGGCUAUGACCAAAGACCAGUUUUAUCAAGUGAAUGGAUUCUCAAACACUUACUGGGGUUGGGGUGGAGAAGAUGACGACCUUCGCAUCAGGGUUGAGCUGCAGAAAAUGAAGAUUGUGCGGCCGCCCGCCGAGUUCGCUCGCUACACCAUGGUGUUUCACAAACGGGACAGUGGCAACGAAAUAAACAAAGACCGGAUGAGGUUGUUAGGACGAACACCUCUGGUUUGGAAAAAGGACGGACUGAACAGCUGCUCAUAUAAGACUAUGCUGGUCAAGAGGCAGCCUCUUUAUGUGAACGUUACUGUGGACAUUGGUAAGCCACAGAAUUGAGGUUACAACUGGGAAGCUUUACUGUGACCAAAAAAUAUUUUAUGGUACGCGUCUUUCAAGACUGAGCAAUAUUACUAACUAUAGUGACACAUUUAAAGAGUUUACUUGAACCACUCCUCUUCAUGUAUUCAUAAGCUUUAUUAUAACUACAGGUUGCUCUACAUGUCACACCGUUGAACUGAAUAACUGUUCUUAAGUCUACAGAAUGCUGCAGCCGCUGGGAAGCUCUUGAGUUAGAGUGACUUUGUUUUUAGAUAUAGAUUUUAUACAAGUUGUUGGUGGUCGUUCUGUUCCUUUCAUGGUCACAUUCCAUACG